AUGAAUAUAAUAAAUACACAAAAUCAAGCUAAUGUCAAACAAUGUUGUUUAAUAGGCUGUCCAAAAGCAGCAUUCCCAGGCUAUAACUUUUGCAAUAUUGUCCAUCAAGAAGAAUUUGAAGAAAUUAAAUGUAAACUAUGGUCAUGUUAUAGCUUGCCAAUAGAAGGUACCAAUUUUUGUAGUGAAGGUCAUCGUUUUGAAUAUGAAAAUAAAUUAUAUUUAUCAGAAGCAAACACAAGAGAAAGAAUAGAAAUUGAAACUUUAUUUAAUGCAAAGUGGAAACAUUCAUUUCCCAAAGUUAAUAAAAUAUUCAAGAUUUUAGAAGUAAAACCAGUUAAUGAUGUUCUUUUUAGAUUUAUAAAAAAAAGAGAUAAUUUAGAAAUGUUAGGAAAUUACCAUUCUAAAAAGAAUCAUUGUGGCAAAUUAAUGUCGCCAGGUAACCAACAAAGAAGAUUCCAUGGCACAAAAAUUAACUGUUCACUAGGUAUCAAAAAUAAUAUUGUUUGCAAUUCUCCAGAUUGCUCUGUUUGUAGAAUCAUUACCGAGUCUUUCAAGUUACCCUCACAAUCAAAUUUAAAACAUUACCAAAGAUUUGGUGCCGGUAUCUAUUUUUCAGGUAUUUCAUCCAUUGCCAAUAAAUUUUGUUCAUCGUUAAACUCAAAUCCAUACAAGUAUAUGUUUGUUUGUGAUGUUUUAAUAGGCACUGGGGAGAGAUUAUCAAAUAGGAAAACAGGAUUUACCGAACCAUCUUUUGGAUAUGACUCAGUUCUUGGUGAAAUAGGUACAAAGCUUGGUUUUGAUGAACUAAUUAUAUAUUCAGUUGAUCAGGUUGUACCAGCCUAUUUAAUUAUUUAUGAAUAA